AUGACACAGACCUGGAAGCCUGUAGGUAUUGACGUCUAUAAGGCAUCAGUGUACUCAGGCAUGUGUACCCAGAUCUUUAAGGAGGAAACAGGGAUCAUUCUUGGUACCAUGUACUGCUUUGUUCACUUGAGCAUUCAAGAGUUUAUUGCAGCCCUUUAUGCACAUCUGUUUCUAGACAUCAACAAGGAAAAACAAUUAGAAGGUAAUCUGUCUGCAGAGAGAUCCAUCAAUCUGUUCUACUGUCUGAAUGAACUGAACGACCAAACUCUGGUGAAGGAGAUUCAGACCCACCUUAGCAAAGGAAGUCUCUCAUCUGGUGACCUUUCACCUGCCCAGUGGUCUGCUUUGGUCUUUGUGUUGUUGACAUCAGAGGAAGAGCUGGAGGAGUUUGAGCUUCAUAAAUUCAAGAAAUCAGACGAGUGUCUCAUUAGAUUAUCGGCAGUCCUCAAAACCUCCAGAAGAGCUCUACUCUCUAACUGCAGUGUAACAGAAGAAGGUUAUAAAGCUCUGGCUUCAGCUCUGAGAUCAAACCCUUCACACCUGAUAGAGCUGGAUCUCACAGGAAAUGAUCCUGGACAAUCAGGAGUGAAGGAGCUAAAUGAUUUAUUACAGGAUCCAAACUGUCAGCUGAAGACACUGAGGUUUUUGAGUGCUGCUGCAGAUGAAGCCUGUCAGUAUGUGGAGAGAUUUGUGGGUAAAAACCCGUUACUCCAGAGAGAGCUGAAACUGAGUGAACAUGAACUAGGAGACACACGAGUGAAUCAGAUCGCUGCUCUACUGCAGGAUAAACACUGUCAACUCAACAAACUGACUCUGAGUGGAUGCAGAAUUACAGAGGAACAGUGUGUCAUCCUGACUUCAGCUCUGAAAUCAAACCUGUCACACCUGAGAGAGCUGAACCUGAGCUGGAAUAAACUAGGAGACUCUGGAGUGAAAAACCUCAGUGAUCUACUGAUGAACCCACAAUUCAAGUUGGAGAAACGUCUCGGUUACAAAGUCUGUUUAGAUGCAGAAUUACAGAGAAACAGUGUGUCAUCCUGACUUCAGCUCUGAAAUCAAACCCGUCACACCUGAGAGAGCUGAACCUGAGCAGGAAUAAUCUAGAAAACACAGGAAUGAAGCACUUAUGUGACGUACUGAAGGAUUCACACUGUAAACUGGAGAGAUUGAGGUGUAAGAUUGAAAAUAUCUAAAGAUAUUUUAAAAUAAUCAAAGACAUUUGCUUUACUGUUUCAACCCCUCUCUCUUGCUACAAGGGCCAUUUGGAAGGCACAAAGGUGCUGAUAUUGAUCAAGCCCCGAGGGGCCAAGACAUUGGGGGUCUACAAAUGGUCACACCUUUAGUACAGUGGGGGAAGUUUAAAUCUUCUGAUUGGUCAGUUUGAAUGUCUCACAUUUGAGUUUUGGUCACAUGGUCAAGGAAGGGAUAAAAGAAGAUUGUAACUGUUGCUCUGGUCUCUUUGAUACUCUGCUCUUCUUUCUUGGAUUCUUGGGCACUCUCUGGCCCUCUCUCUCUCUCUCUCUCUCUCUCUCUUUCUCUCUCUCAGGUAACUUUUUCAUACAUGCUG